UGAAGCGGUCCCUGGCAGUGUUUUGUUCUCUCUUGUCGGCUUCAGUCUCCCUCGCCCCUCCCACUCAGCUGACCAAGGAGGCCUCAGUGAUGCGGUCGUUUGUGCUGUCCCCCGCCGUCAUGUGGCUCGUCGUCUCACUGGCAGGUGGGCACCGCCCGCACACACACCACUCUGACAUUUCUCUGUCUGUCUGUCUGGCUGUCUGGUGUGCUCUCUGGCCGUCUGUGUGUGUGGUCAGCCUUUCCCUCGUGGCUGGUGCCGCUGUGUGCCGCGAGCGGUGCCGGCCUCCUCCGCCCCAACACAGCGCCCACCUUGAUCAGCGCCAAUGACACCACGGCCGGGGCCGAGAAGAGGCGAUUGCACCCGCCAGACGUCGAGUACGCUCUCACGCACACGGCCGGCCGUGACCUCUUGACACACGUGGCUGCAUGACACUGUCCUGUUUGUUUGCCUGCAGAUGUGUGUUCCAAGGAUCAGUUUAUUCCGGAAACGGGGGACUGUGGAGGCAAUCCCAUACCGACCAUCGUCAUCAACCGGGGCCAGGUGCGCACCUGACGACACUGAGCCCAUCGAGGCGAUGCAUCAUUGGACACACACGGGGGGCGUGUGGUGUGCACUCGUGUGUCGUGUCAGAUUCGAAUCGGGGUCAUUGAGGAGCUGCCCGAGGGUCCUUUCAAUGCUGACGGUGUAGUCGCAGUGGCCUCCAUUGGCGGUGAUCCCGUGGAUCAGACGGGUGACGAUGUGAUGAGCGUCUCAGUGGUAAGCACAGCGCACAUUCUGUGUCUAUGGCCGUGUGGAUGACCCGACUCAAUGCAGGAGGUUGGCGAUCAAGAUUGGUUAUUACCGUCGUCGAUGGGAUUACGACUAUCGAAGUCGAGAGUUUUGAUGAGACGUACCAUGUCAACAUCGUGGUCACGUUCCACGAGGGCGCGAGCCGCCCUAACGGCUUCUGAAUACGUAUUUCGGGCUGUUGAAUGCUUGGAAGAUGAGGACUGCUGUGAUGAGGGAGACCCGGAAGAGUGCUUAGAAGAGUGUAACGAGAACUUCAGGUGUGAAUCUUUUGCGGAGCCCGGAAAAAGGCGACGGGUGUGACAACAACUUCAGGUGUGAACUGUGUCCGCCUUAGACUGUGAGCGU